AUGUUUUUCCUUUCAAUUCAACACCUCUUGCUCUCUUUUUGCAUGUACUUCUCCGUCUUUUCCUUCAUAUCCCACGCUUCUGUUCCUCCUUCUGCAACUUUCAAAUACGUCAAUGAAGGUGAAUUCGGAAUCUACAUUGCCGAAUAUGAUGCAAAUUACCGGCCCUUAGAGCCAUUUGAACCCCCAUUCCAACUUUGCUUUUACAACACCACGCCUACUGCCUUCACUCUUGCUUUACGUAUGGGCACUGCGAGGUCUGAGUCGCUCCGACGUUGGGUUUGGGAAGCCAACCGCGGCAACCCAGUUGGCGAGAACGCCACUCUCAACUUCGGAACAGACGGAAAUCUUGUCUUGACCGACGCCGAUGGCCGGAUUGCUUGGCAAACCAACACAGCCAAUAAAGGUGUUAUUGGGUUCAAAAUAUUCCCUAACGGUAACAUGGUCCUCCAUGAAAAAAGUUUUGAUUAUCUGACUGAUACCCUUUUAGUGGGACAAUCCUUAAAACUUGGGGGUCCUGCAAAACUUGUGAGUAGAAUGUCUGAAACACAAAAUAUAAAUGGUCCAUAUAGUUUGGUCAUGGAGGAUAAAACUUUAGGCAUGCAUUACAAAACCCCAAAAUCCUCAAAACCUUUGCGUUACUUUUCAUUUCUUGACUUGUCAAGUGUUAUGAAAGGUCCUUUGCAAAAUCUGACACUUCUUUUAGGUUUACAAUUAGCAUACCAAGGUCCUCCAAAAUCCUUCACCGGAGGAACUCUUUCUUUAACAAGACCUACAUAUAAUACGACAUUGUCGUAUCUUCGGUUGGAAAUAGAUGGAAACCUUAGAAUCCACACUUAUGAUGAUGAUGCAGAUUGGAAUGCUUGGCAAGUGACUUACACACUUUUUUCUAAAAAUUCAUAUGAAACAGAAUGCCAAUUGCCUGAAAGAUGUGGGAAAUUUGGAUUGUGUGAGGAAGAUCAAUGUGUUGCUUGUCCAUCACCAAAAGGACUGUUGGGUUGGAGUAAGAAUCGCCAGCCAGCAAAGGUAAAUUCUUGUGGGUUAAAAGAUUUUUACUAUUAUAAACUUGAAGGAAUUGACCACUUCACUGCAAAGUAUACUACAGGAGAUGGACCCAUGAAGCAAGAUGCUUGUAGCAGUAAAUUUAGUAAAGAUUGCAAGUGUUCGGGUUAUUUUUACCAUACACAAUCUUCUAAGUGUUGGAUUGCUUAUGAUAUUAAGACUUUAACAAAAGGUGAUGAUUCAACCCAUUUGGCCUUCGUAAAAGCACCAAAUAAGUAA